CAUGAAAGGAAUGAAAAAUAAAUUUGUGUGCAACAACAAUUGCGUUUCCCUCCAGUCAGCAGACGGCGAUGUGCGUCUUUCAGGCGAUGCUGCAGCGUGACGUAUAAUCUAGUGGACGGAACGGAUCAACAACAGCGAGUCAGCCACCUUGGUAGCCAACAGCCGAAACAUUUAGACUGUUUCUGUGCAUAUUUGCCUCUGUGUUUUAAAUAUACUUCUGACAUCUAGUUAAUUGCCCCCAUUUAAAUGUUAUAGGUACAUUGUUAGUCAACUAGCUGGCUUGAUAAGUUAGCCUAGCACUAAACUAGUCGCUCAUGCUAACUAGCUAGCUAGCUAACAUGCCCGAACAUGAGCUCCCUAAACUACUCCCCUCCUGUUAAAGAAGAGGAGGUCUGCUGGACGGAGAAAGAAGCUCUGGGGCUGAACAUUGUCGUGAAAGAGGAGAAGGAAGAGGAGGCUGUUACAGUAAAAGAAGAGGAGGAAGAGGAAGAGGAGGAUGUUACAGUAAAACAAGAAGUAGAGGGUGAGGCUGUUACAGUGAAAGAAGAAGAGAAAGACGUUUCAGUGAAAGAAGAAGAUGCGUUCAGAGUGGAAGAGGAGGAGGAUGUUACAGUAAAAGAAGAGGAAGAGGUGAAAGAGGAGGAUGUAGUUUUUGAAGUGAAGGAGGGGAAACAGGGAGAGAGAACUGUCAUAUUGACAGAGGAGUCAGGAGAUCUGAUUACCACCAGAGAGGGACCAGACUCUCACUCUGACAGCAGGGAGACUCCUUUAGGGGAACCAGACCCAGAGACGCCCAAACCAGCGAGACAACACCACUGUUCCCAGUGUGGAAAGAGUUUUAAGUGGUUAAGGAACCUGAAAGUACAUGAGAGAACGCAUACAGGAGAAAACCCUUACGAAUGCUCCCACUGUGGAAAGAGUUUUACCAAGUUAGGGAACCUAAAAGAGCAUGAGAGGACACACACAAGAGAAAAGAGUUUCCAAUGUUCCCAGUGUGGAAAGAGGUUUACCCAGUUACGGUACCUGAAACAACAUGAAGAAAUACACACAGAAGAUAGGAAGACCUACCACUGCUCUCAGUGUGGAAAGAUAUUUACUGGGUUAGGGAACCUGAAAAUACAUAUGAGAAGACACUCUGGAGAGAAGCCGUACCACUGUUCCCACUGUGUAAAGAGUUUUACUCAGUUAGGGAGCCUGAAACCACAUGAGAGGGGACACACUGGAGAGAAGCCUUAUCACUGUUCCCACUGUGGAAGGAAUUUUAGGUGGUAUGCGAGCCUGAAGGAGCAUGAGAGAAUACACACAGGAGAAAAGCCUUACCACUGUUCCAAUUGUGAAAAGAGUUUUACCCAUCGAGGGAGUCUGAAAGCGCAUGAGAGAAUACACUCAGGAGAAAAGCCUUACAAAUUUUCAUGGGUAUGCUCUGGACAUCACCCUUUACCUCAAAUAAAUAGUGGAUUUCUGCUGUUGUGGGCCUUUAAUCAUCUGUCUGACUUUGUUGUUCACACAGGAGAGAGACGGGACUAUCGUGGAUCCUCUGGGGAGCCUCAACAACCUCAUGAUGCUGACGAGGCAGAGAAGAGUCUCUCCAGAUCAGAACACCUCAAGAAACACCAGCAGAGACCCACAGGGAAGAGAACUCACCGCUGCUCUGACUGUGGGAAGAGAUUCAACUCUUCAUCAAACCUUAAAAUACAUAAAAGAAUUCACACAGGAGAGAAAUCUUAUAGCUGUGAUCAAUGUGGGAAGAGUUUUACUACAUCUAGCUAUCUAACAAUACACCAGAGAACACACACAGGAGAGAAACCUUACGGCUGUGAUCAAUGUGGGAAGAGAUUUAUUCUGCUACAAACCCUGAAAUCACACCAGAGAAUACACUCUGGAGAGAAACCUUAUGGCUGUGAUCAAUGUGGGAAGAGUUUUACUCAGCUAAGCAACCGGAUAGUACACCAGCGAGGACACACAGGAGAGAAACCUUAUAGCUGUAGUCAAUGUGGGAAGAGUUUUACUCAGCUAAACAGCCUGAUAGUACACCAACGGACACACACAGGAGAUAAACCUUAUAGCUGUAGUCAAUGUGGGAAGAGUUUUUCUACAUCUAGCUAUCUAACUAUACACCAGAGAACACACACAGGAGAGAAACCUUAUGGCUGUGAUCAAUGUGGGAAGAGUUUUAUUCGGCUACAAACCCUGAAAUCACAUCAGAGAAUACACACAGGAGAGAAAUCUAGAAAAGCUUUUAAAUGUGAUCAAUGUGGGAAGAGUUUUGGUACAUCUGGAUGUCUGACGACACACCAGAGAACACACACAGGAGAGAAACCUUAUAACUGUAGUCAAUGUGGGAAGAGUUUUACUACAUCUAGCCAGCUGACUUUGCACCAGAGAACACACACAGGACAUAAUCCUUAUAGCUGUACUCAAUGUGGGAAGACA